AGGCCUGGUGGACCCAGCAAUGUCCUACGUGAUGCGUGUCUCGUCGCCAAUGUCCUGGAUCCCAGAAUCAAACAGGAAAUCAUCAAGAAAUUUAUUAAACAACACCUCUCAGAGUAUCUGGUCCUUUUCCAGGAAAACCAAGACGUGGCCUGGCUGGAUAAGAUCGACAGGCGCUAUGCUUGGAUAAAGCGUCAGCUGGUGGACUACGAGGAGAAGUACGGGCGCAUGUUUCCCCAGGAGUGGUGUAUGACGGAGCGCAUCGCUGUGGAGUUCUGCCACGUCACGAGGGCAGAGCUUGCUAAGAUAAUGCGCGCAAGAGCGAAGGAGAUUGAGGUGAAACUGCUUUUGUUUGCAAUUCAGAGGACGACCAACUUUGAAGGACUUCUAGCCAAACGCUUCUCAGGGUGCACUCUAGCUGAUGGGACGGUGAAGAAGCCAGAAGUGCCACCUCCCUCCACCAACCCAUUUCUGGAAGAUGAAACUGGGACAGAGACAGAUGAGAUUGUGAUGGAGAAAAGUGAGAUGGACAAACCAAAGAAGCCAAAGGUCCCUGACAAUCCCUUUCAUGGCAUUGUUUCCAAGUGCUUUGAGCCUCACCUUUACGUGUAUAUUGAGUCCCAGGACAAAAAUCUCGGCGAGCUGAUUGACAGGUUUGUGGCUGACUUCAAGGCUCAAGGUGCCCCCAGACCCAACGUGGAUGAGGGAGGAGCCGUCCUGCCCAGCUGUGCCGACCUCUUCGUGUACUACAAGAAGUGCAUGGUGCAGUGCUCCCAGCUCAGCACAGGCGAGCCGAUGAUAGCCCUCACCACCAUAUUCCAGAAGUACCUUCGGGAAUACGCCUGGAAAAUUCUGUCUGGAAACCUGCCCAAGACAACUAGCAGCAGUGGUGGGCUCACCAUCACUAGUUUGCUGAAAGAAAAGGAAGGCUCUGAAGUGGCUAAGUUUACUUUAGAAGAACUCUGCCUCAUUUGCAGCAUCCUCAGCACUGCAGAGUACUGCUUGGCAACCACCCAGCAGUUGGAAGAGAAACUCAAAGAAAAAGUGGAUGCAAGUCUAGUGGAGAGAAUCAACCUGACGGGAGAGAUGGACACUUUCAGCAUUGUGAUCUCCAACAGCAUCCAGCUGUUGGUGCAGGACCUGGAUGCAGCCUGUGACCCUGCCCUGACUGCUAUGAGCAAGAUGCAGUGGCAGAACGUGGAACACGUCGGUGACCAGAGUCCUUAUGUCACCUCAGUGAUUCUCCACAUUAAACAGAACGUCCCCAUCAUCCGCGACAACCUGGCCUCCACAAGGAAGUAUUUCACUCAGUUCUGUAUAAAAUUUGCAAACUCUUUCAUUCCCAAGUUCAUUAACCAUCUCUUCAAGUGCAAACCUAUCAGCAUGGUGGGCGCAGAACAGCUGCUGCUGGACACUCACUCUCUGAAGAUGGUUCUCCUGGAUCUGCCCUCCAUUGGGUCCCAAGUGGUGAGGAAGGCUCCUGCCAGCUACACCAAGAUAGUGGUGAAAGGCAUGACUCGGGCUGAAAUGAUCCUGAAGGUGGUUAUGGCUCCGCACGAGCCCCCGGUUGUGUUUGUCGACAAUUACAUCAAGCUCCUUGCAGACUGCAGCACAGACACGUUCCAGAAGAUACUGGACAUGAAGGGCCUGAAGAGGAGCGAGCAAAGCAGCAUGCUGGACCUCUUCCGCCAGCGCCUCCCGGCUCCCCCCUCCGGAGCGGAGAACGCCGGCUCCCUCUCGCUGAGCGCUCCUACGCCUGAGCAGGAGUCCUCUCGCAUACGGAAACUGGAGAAACUCAUCAAAAAAAGACUCUGAGUGAGCAGAAGGAAACUCUCGUUGCUCAGGACUAGCUGCAGUGACCGUCAGACUCACGAUUUACACUUUGCUGCUGAAACAUCCGCGUCCCAUCAUUCCCGUGCCCUGUGAUCU